AUGUCAAAUUAAUAAUAAUCAGGUAAUGAGAAAUCUAAAAGCAAAUCCUAAAAAUUAUAGACUAUGGAAUUGAAUGGCAAAAACUAUAUACUAUUGGAUAAGUAUUUUUAUAAUCCUGAUGAUGUAAUUGGUGAAGGUGCAUUUGGUAAAGUCUAUAGAGGAUUCAAUAUUUAAGCGUAUUUAUACUUAUUUUUAAUGUUCAUAGAUAAAAUAAAGAAAAUGAUAAGGAAUGUGCAAUUAAGAAGAUGGAGCUACCUGAAAAUAUGGCAUUAAUGAGUGAUAGAGAAAAAAUGACUUUAGAUGCUGUUAGAAAAGAGAUUUGCGCUUUAAAAUUAUUGAAACAUCCAAAUAUUGUUAGAUUAUAUGAUGUUAAAAAAUUAUAGAAUGUCAUUUAUAUGGUUAUGGAAUUAUGCAAUGAAAAGGUAUAGUAUAAAUAUAUUCUUUAAUGAUCUUAGUCACUUUCUGAAUUUAUUAAAGAAAAUAAAGAUAUAACUGAACCUGAGAUCAGAUAUAAGUUUGGAGAAAUUUUGAAUGGAUUUAAAUAUCUGAGAAGUAAAAAAGUCAUACAUAGAGAUGUAAAGCCUGAAAAUAUACUUAUUCGAAAAGGAGUCUUAAAAAUUGCUGAUUUUGGAUUUGCCAAAUAACAUAAUUCAAAAGCUUAAUUACAUUCCUAUCUAGGAACUAGAGCAACUAUUGCUCCUUAAGUUAUAUUAGGUAUCUACUUUACAAAAAUUUAGGUGAUUAUACUGACAAAUGUGAUAUUUGGAGUUUAGGAGCAACUCUAUACUUUAUGUGUUUCAAGAAAUAUCCAUAUAAAGAAUUUUAUGCAAGUGAAAUAAAACUCAUGGAAUUAAUGAAGAGAGAUUUUAUUGAAUUUCCGAAAGCUGGUAUGUAAGUUUCUUAACCAUUAUAAUAAAUCAUAGUAUAAAUGAUGAGAUAUAGAGAAGAAGAUAGAAUUGAUUGGAAUGAUUUAUUUGCAUGCCCUUUAUUUCAAAAUAAAUUGUUAAAAGAAAUGGGAUUAAAUAUAUUUGAAUAUCAUGAACCAUAAGAUGAUACUGCUGAUAUUAAUGAUGAUAAAAUUGAUGAUACUAAAAUUGAUGAUUUUGAUUUUGAAAUGAUUGAAAAUUCAGAAUAAUAUAUUGAAAAAUUCUAAGAAAAUGCCCCUGUUGUUAUUGAUUAAGCUGAAAAAUAAAGAAAAAAUGAAGAAAUCUUCUCUAAAUUAAUUAGCAGACUUACUUUUGAAAAAGGAAAAUGUAUGUUCUUAAGAUUACUAUCUUAAAGACUUAAAGAAUAUGAAUUGAGUUUAGCUAAUAAAUUAAUAUUUGAAAAAAGUAAAGUUGAUAUUUCUGAUCAUUUAAAAUCUUUAAGAUUUGGAUUAAAUAAAUUUGAACUUAUUAUUAAUAGAGGAUUAAUGGAAUGGAUGGAAGUGAAUAAAAGUUUUAAAUAUUAUUUUUGUUAAGACUUAAUUAAUCCAAUUGGUGUAAAUGACACAGAUUGGGAAAACUUUCUUACUGAAGGGUAAGAUAGAGAAAAAAUAAAAAAAGCUCUUGAAAAAGAACUUCAUAUUACUUAAUAAUAUGUUUAUAAUGCAUCAUAAGCAUAAUUAUAAUAGUUUUAAUAAAUGAAUGAAAAGGCAUUUUAAAGAUUAAAUGUUAAUAAAGAAUUCAUGAGUUCUAAUUUUGAGUGUAAUAAGAAUUUUUUUAAAGUUCUUUAUGAUCUAAGUUUAGGAUUAGCUAGAUUACUAUUUCCAGAAAUAGUGAAAAUUAGAAAUAAUCUAGAUUCAUUACAUAAAGUUUUACCAACUCUAGUUCUUAUUGAUGAUCUAUUUAUUUUAUUAACUCUUGAUUCAGUAUUUUCACAUACUGAUUCUACUUUAGUUAAUUAUACAGCUUUUUUUGAAUUAAGAAAGAAGAAUUAUUCAGAAGAUUAAAUAAUGUAUAGAACCAUGUAUCAAAGAGUGAUGAGAGCAUAUGAAGUAUUUUUUGAAUGA